UUCCCGGGAUGAAUUUGUAUAUGUUGGCAAUCAGAGUUCGAUUUUGUGUGUGUACUGUCCAUUAGGGGUGAUUGGGUUAGAUGGAAGGUUCUUGCCAAUGGCGGAGGUUACUGAGCCAGUUUAGUCUAAUUGAUGUUCUCUCAGACUUAAGAGAUCUAAAUGACAAUGAAGUUGGGAAGGCUGUACCAUCUGGAGUUUGGAUGGCUCUCUCUUUUGACAUUUUAGCGUGAAAGAUCCCACUGAAUAGUUGAGCAAGGAGUUUGGCAAGUGAUUUCCUAUGCCGUUUAUGGCAAAGCAAAGACCUACUAAGGGCCAACAUUGCUUCGUACUUGUGACUGGCGGGUCGCUGGAGGAAUCAAAGGAAGCUCUUGCAAUUGCAGAAACGGAUGGGAGGCUUUUUUGCACUGUAGGAGUUCAUCCAACUAGAUGCAGGGAAUUUGAAGAAGGUGGAGAUCCAGAAAAGCAUUAUCGGUCUCUUCUAUCAUUAGCUAGAGAAGGCAUACAGAAAGGAAAAGUUGUGGCAAUCGGUGAAUGUGGAUUGGACUAUGACAGGCUUCAUUUUUGCCCUUCCGAGAUUCAAAAGAAGUACUUUGCGAAGCAGUUUGAAUUGGCAUGUGCUACUAAGCUUCCUAUGUUUCUCCAUAUGCGUGCAGCUGCUGAUGACUUCUGUGAAAUCGUGGACAGAAACAAGGACAGGUUUGCAGCUGGUGUGGCACAUUCAUUUACAGGGAGUGCCGAAGAUCGUGAUAAGCUUCUUUCCUUCAGUAAUAUAUUUAUAGGUGUCAAUGGUUGCUCUCUGAAGACUUCUGAGAAUCUUGAUGUUGUUCGAGGGAUUCCCCUUGAAAGAAUGAUGAUUGAGACAGAUUCUCCAUAUUGUGAAAUAAAGAGCACUCAUGCUGGCAUCGGCUACGUUAAGACUCUCUGGCCUUCAAAAAAGAAAGAGAAAUAUGAUCCGGAGAGCACUAUUAAAGGGCGGAAUGAACCUUGCUUAGUUCAUCAAGUUCUGGAGGUGGUUGCUGGUUGCAAAGGUAUUGAUGACAUAGGUCAGCUGAGCAAGACAUUGUAUCAUAACACCUGCAGAGUUUUCUUUCCUCAAGACCUGGACACCACAGCAGACGCUCUCCUUACUGGCAGUUUGACACCUGCUGAAUGACCUUGAACAUAGAUUCGUUGAAGUCUUGCAAUUUUCUCCCCAUACAGUGAACAUUGCUGCUUCUUCCGACAUUAUGAUGCGAUUUAGUUAUAUUUGACGGCUCUGGGACAAUAUAUUGGAAUGUUUGAACCGUAGUUUAUUUCUCACUCUGUUGCUCAAUUUUGGGGUGUUGAGAUUAUCAGAACGCUUGUUUCUGUUU